AUGGCUUUACCAUUCCCGGAUAUUCCUUGGUUGCAAGGAUUUGACAAGCCUUGUCGUUUUGAAGGCGAAGUUCGGGAUCUUAUUGUUCAUGGCGAGGUGCCAAGAGAAUUGGAUGGCACCUUCUUCCGUGUGAUGCCCGACCCGCAUAUCUCGCCUUCUUACUAUGAAAAUGGUACGCAUUACAUACCGUUUGAUGGUGAUGGGAAUGUCAGUGCUUUCAGAAUCAAAAAUGGGCAUGUCGAUUACAAGCAACAGUAUGUGAAGACGGAGAGGCUCAUGAAAGAGAGACAAGCACGCCAGUCUCUGUGGGGUCGAUACCAGAAUCCCUUUACGAGUCAUCCAUGCGUGAGGAGCGCCAUGGAAAGCACAGCGAAUACAAACGUCAUCUACUACAAUGGCAAUCUUCUUGCCUUGAAGGAAUAUACUCUUCCGUACUCACUCGACCCAGUCACUUUAGAAACGCGAGGGUACUGGAAUUUCAACGGUCAGAUAUCAUCCAGAUCAUUCACAGCCCACCCCAAAGUCGACCCGAAGACUAAAGAGCUUGUGUGCUGGGGUACACAAGCAAAGGGACCCGGAACACGAGAUUGCUGUUACUUUGCUUUUGGUCCAGAUGGUAAAAAGACUGAGGAGUGCUGGUUCCAAAAUCCAUUCUGCGGUUUUCUGCAUGAUGCCGGCGUAUCUGAGGACUUUAUCGCUCUGAUGCUGGUCCCAAUGCGCGUCGACAUGGGGAAAAUGGAGAAGGGGGGAUCGCAUUACUAUUAUGAUUUUGACCUGGAUCUACACUGGGGUCUAGUCCCUCGACGAGGUUCUGAUGCCUCAAAAGUCAGGUGGUUUAAGUGGAAAAAUAGUUUUCCAACCCAUACAGCGAACGCUUACCAGGAAAUCGGGCCCGACGGAGAGGCAAAGGUAUUUGUCGAUACCGUACUCGCUCAUGGGAAUGUCCUGCCGUUCUUCCCCGAGGAAAACCGCAAGAAUGAUUCACCAACGAUCGAAUCCCUCAAGUUUCGUCUGGUUCGUUUUUGCUUUGACCUGAAAGAUGAAAACCCUACAGAUGGAAGUUACAUCAAGGUUCCCGAUCCGGAAGUGCUUCUCGACAUUCCUUGUGAAUUCCCGCGUAUCGACGACAGAUUCCUGGGUCAGAAACAGAAACUUAUCUUUUGCGCUACCGUUAAACAAGAUAUGCAUUCGGACUCAAAGAGCCUGGUUGGAUCUGCCGGGCUGAAUACCUACACGAUGGUGGAUUUGUCCCUCGGGAAAGUGGAACAUUGUCCAUUUGGACCUAGUUCCGUAGUUCAAGAACCCUGCUUUGUUCCUCGGUCAGCCGACGCGCCGGAAGGAGACGGUUUUUUGAUUGGCUUAGUGAAUCGUCUGGAUACAAUGUUGACCGAACUGGUUAUCAUUGAUACCAGACAUUUCUCCAACCCAGUAGCCGUGGUAGAAAUUGGACUUCGGCUCAGGCAGGGCUUGCACGGUAACUGGGUCAAUGCAGCCGAUAUGGAGUAA